AUUUAUUCUCUUAAUUUUAAGAAACAAGAAUCUGGCAACGCCACAGCUAGCCCCCUAUCGACUCAUCGGCAAUUUUUCCCUAGACCUGAGAGCAAGAAAAGAAAACCCGGUGUCGUCUUUUCACUAAACUUUCUUUCGAAUCAACGGUGCAUCCGUGACGGGGGGCUAAGAGAACUCUCCAAGCCCAGGCUUGUGGCAGGCGCUUUUAUUUUAUUUUUUGUUUGCCUUUUUUUUUUUUUUUUGUUCUUGGCCAUCUCCCGCCUGCGACGGCCAGGCUUUUGGGCGUGAGAGAGAAAAUCUUAAGCAAAAAAGGCUAACCUUACUGCAAGAAAUGGCAUCAGCAACUGGAUCUGAUCAUACCCCUUCAUCCAGCCCUAAUCCUGGUAGUUCCUGUGAUGAUUCGUCGCGGACCAAUUUGAUCAUCAACUAUCUGCCUCAGAAUCUGACGGAGAGUGAGCUCUUCAAGAUGUUUGUCACAAUUGGAACGGUUACGAACUGCAAAAUUAUGCGAGAUUUUCGGACUGGUUACAGCUACGGCUUUGGUUUCGUCAAUUAUCAAAAAGCUGACGAUGCUAUUCGCGCAAUCCAAACUUUGAAUGGACUUCAAAUACAGAAUAAGCGUAUAAAAGUAUCCUAUGCCCGACCACCUGGAGAAGACCGUAAGGAAACGAACCUCUAUGUUACCAAUCUCCCUAGAGAUGUCACCGAAGACGAAUUGUCAAAUAUAUUUUCUGCCCAUGGAAAUAUAGUGCAAAUGAAUUUACUAAAAGACAAAAUAACUGGUAUGCCUAGAGGUGUGGCGUUCGUCAGAUACGAUAAAAGAGAAGAAGCCUUUGCUGCAAUUGAGCAUUUGAAUGGUACAAUCCCACAUGGCCGUACCAAUCCCAUUAGCGUAAAAAUUGCUGAAGAACACGGUAAACAGAAAGCGGCCUACUUUGCUGGAUGGGAAGCUGGGAGGCAGCAAGCCCGACCAGUUGGCAAUGUUGGAGGACAGCCCCAAGGGGGCAUGGUGAGCCACGGUGGACAUGGUGGUGGACAUGGAGGUCGAAGCGGUGGAGGUGGACAUUACAAUGCUGGUCUUCCGUUAGCAUCACGGCCUCCAAAUGCCCCCGGUUUCGUUCACUCUUCGGGUAUGGGACAAGUGCGACCGGAUAAGGGAUCGAAUAGCAGCCGUUAUAAUCCCAUAGGAAUGGGUGGUGGAUAUAACGUUUACAAUUGGAACUAAAACAAAGCGAAGAGAGGGCAUCGAAAAGAUGACGGAAGAUCUAAAAAAAAAAAAGAAAAAAAAAGAACGGAAACUAAAUUGAACUACCGACUGCAGACAAAUGAAAAAACAUUGUUGCAACGCCAUCAGUUGGAGGAACAUAAUGUUUUUCCCUAUCUGCUUGUUAUCAAUCUUAACUGACCUAAUUACUCCCCUUCCUUCCUCAACUUCUCCAUCAUGCACUCUCAUUUUUUUUUCUUCGUUCGUCAUUUGGCUAAAUGGUUGAAUUUUCGCUCGCGAGGGAUUUGUCUGACGAGUUUCGUACACUUCUGUGUUCCCAAUUCUUUUCUUUUUUCUGCAUCGUUUAUAAUCUGUACUCUACUUGCCUGCAAGAUUUCCUGAUCACGUGCAUACCCACUCUUCAUUUCGUUCUUCCUACGGUCUAACUUGGCCGUUUUCGUUGCUUUCUAGUGGCUCCAGAAGAUCGUUUAUCAUAUUUUGACUCCCAUCAAGGUCCAGUUUAGUUUCAUGUUAUCUGGUUGGUGAAUUUUUUUUUUUUUCUUUUCCUCUUGCUCUUAUACCCUCUCUUGUCUACAUCUUUCUUCAUGGCCUACCCUUACACUGUAUCCUUCUCUCCCUUCCAUCCCAAUCGUUUGUGACUGCAAUCAUUUGCCAAAGCGUUGAUUACACUUCACCAGUUACAACGAUCA